AGAGGCGCACUCACUCCCCCAUAGUUUCCCAAAUCCCCACAUAAGCAUCUACUCAUGCACUAGUCACUCUGACCCUCUUUUUUAUUUCGAUUUCUUCCCAAUUUCAACUUCUUCAAUUCAAUCAAUUUGGGCGAAACAAACAAACAUACAAACCCACACCACACGCUUUCCCUCCAAACAUGCCCUCAUUUUCGUAACCCCAAUCUUGCAGAAAAUGGCGGCGUCUUCAACUGGAUUCGUCUCUAAAGCAAAAACCGCCUUCCAUUCCGCCGCCGCUAAAGCCGAAAAAGUCUUCACUGACAUCAAAAAAUCCGAUUCUUCCCCCGAUCUAGAUGAGACCAAUGAUUCCCCAACAGAUGUGAUCGUUACAAAGGAAAAGAAUGCGAGGUGGAGGCCGGAGCCGAUCAAGACGAAACACGAUUGGCAAGAGAGGUUUAAAAACAUGAGGUUUGGGAAAAAGGGGGUGCAGGAAGCGGAUAAAAGUGAUGAUGCAACGAUGUCUUUUACAAUGUUUGAUGACAAUGUGUUGUUACCGAGUAGAAGUCCGAUGUCGAAGGAACCGGAAGGUGGUGUCUUGGGUUCAGAUGAUUCAAAUAUCGAUAUCAUACCAUCAGCAGCUGUGCUAAGGCAAUUGGCUAUUGGUGUUGAGACUACCAGAAUGGUCAGGUCAAUGAAAGAUCUGUUAAUGUCAUCAAGAGACAUGUCACCCGUGAGAGAGAAAGCCGGUUUAAACUUCUCUACAGUGAAAUCACUAGUACUUAGGGAUAAAGAAGAUAAGAACGAUACGGAAUUUAGCGCUGAUGAAAAAGUCGUUUCUCUUAUAAACUCACUUCUUGGCGCAGAAGGGCAUUUUUCUGGAAGGAAAACUAACCGUAAAUUUGAGAUAAAUACAACAAUUGCAUCUUUAAUAAAAGACCUUCAUGGUGCGCCACCUGGCAGCUUUAUUGUAGAGCUUGCGGAAGCCAUUGGAUGCUUGAAAACUAUACGGAGAAUGGCAUCGUUUUGGUGUAGGGUUGUUGCUGAAAUAAGGAGACUAUGGUCUGAAGGGCAACAUAUUCCCGGGAUCCCUGCUGAUGAAACUCCCGAUUUAAAUUGCUGUUUGUUGUAUCAACAAAUGCAAGUUAUCAACUGUUGUAUUUCAAGGAAAAACCGCCGUGCAAUCGUCACAGAAUCACUAGAUUCCGUCUUGAAACAAGCCAAUAUUAAUGAUGACAUGGCACCUUCAAAUGGAGAAACGGCUCUAAUGUAUGCUAGAGUUAGCUCCGGAGAGCUUGUGCUUCGAUUAGGAGCUGCUACACAAUGUGAGAACUUAACAAUGUUGGAAACUGGUGAACCCGUAUAUGCCCCCGUUAUGCAGGAACAGCCUUUGCUCACAGAAGAUCUUGUUAAGGAGACCGAGGAAUUUAUAUUACGUACAGGGAGUGUUGGAGCUGGGUGCUCUCAGCUUCUCUCAGACAUGCAGGCUUUCAAGGCUGCAAAUCCGGGGUGCAUAUUGGAAGAUUUUGUUAGAUGGCAUUCACCACCAGAUUGGAUGGAACCCGCUACAGAUGACGUAAGCAAAGAUUCUUUGGAUGGUGAUAAUGGGUCUUCUAGAGGACACCUAAGUAUGCGUAUGCAGAAAGAAGGAAAUUUGUGGAGAGAGAUUUGGGAAACUGCAAAACCGGUACCCGCUGUCAAACAGUCUCCAUUAUACGAUGAAGAUUUGUCUGUAGAACACAUUCUGCAUGGCUUAGAGGAUUUCGCACCUUCUGAUUUUUUCGAGCAACUAUAUAUUUCUCUCUUGUGUUCAGGAUGCGCGGUUGCAGAGACAAAAACCUCAACUAACGAGUAUCUGUACAAGCUGUUUCUCGAAUGCAAAGACUACAUCGUCGCGACUUGUCAAGGAAAAAAUUGGUUUGAAAAAGUUGAUGAUAUAUGUCAGGUAUACGACAAUGUGGUGAUGAUGGUAUUGAACCCCGACGAGUUCAUUAGGCUCACAAAGCAUGAUGAUACGGCUACAACCGGUGAACAAAAGGGUCGGUUUAGAAGGCUAAGCCUUGUGUUUGGUAACAAGGAUAAGAGCCAUGGGAAAACACCACCUAAAGACCCGAAAAGCGUGGAAGAAAACCCAUUACGUCAAUCGUUAACUUCAUUAUUUUCAAAGAAACCGCCAAAAGCCGGAAAUGCAUCUCCAGCUGAGAAACCAGUUAGUUCAAUUCAAAAUGAUUGGAUAGAUGUAUAAUUAUUUUUACUACAUCUGCAUUUAAUUGUAAAUUUAUCUUGAAAUAAUGAGCUAAAUUUAAUUUUGUUUUUUUUUUUUCAUAUCCAAAAGAAACCAACUGUAAAUUACUGUUGAAAGACCGUUACAUGAAUGAAAACUUGGAGUUGUGAAAUCAA